GCCAUGCACUGGGAGAGAAGAAGUCGCGAUGGGCUCCAGCGAGGACGAGGAGCCCGAGGAGGCCGAGAAAUCCAAGGAGUGCUUGGCAGCCCACGGGUAUACUGUUGGAAAGACGCUCGGUGCGGGAUCCUAUUCAACAGUCAAGCUUGUAUCCAAGGACGGUGCGACAUAUGCCUGCAAAAUUAUCUCCAAGGAAAAGUCUUCGACGAUUUAUCGAGUAAAGUUUCUGCCUCGCGAGCUCAAAAUUCUCGGCUCGACCAAGCACCCGCACAUUACGCAAAUCUUCACCAUCAUCGAGGAGCCAACCAAAGUGUUCAUCAUCAUGGAGAUGGCCUGUGGUGGAGAUCUUCUGGAAAAGAUACUGAAAGUAAAACGCCUGGACGAGAAGACAACCCACCAGUUCUUCAUGCAGCUCGCCAGUGCCUUGGCUUACUUGCACAAGAACGACGUGGCUCAUCGAGAUCUGAAGUGCGAGAAUGUUCUCCUCACGACAGUGGACGUCGUCAAACUCACCGACUUCAGCUUCGCCCGUUAUUGCACUGGCGAGGACAAAAAACGGAAGGAGCUGAGCGAGACAUUCUGCGGCAGCGAGGCGUACGCAGCGCCCGAGAUUCUGCAGGGAAUCUGCUACUUGCCCAAGCUAGCCGACGUGUGGUCGCUAGGCGUUAUCCUGUACGUCAUGGUGACUGGACUGCUGCCGUACGAGAGCAAUGGCCUCCUGCGGCAGGUGCGCCUCCAGAUGACCCGCAUGGUGCGUUUCCCGAAGUGUCGCAGGUGCUGCCUCUGAGCUCGGAGCUGAAGAAUCUUAUCCGUGGCAUGCUGGAGCCUGUGGUGGCCCUGCGCGCCUCAAUGGGACGGGUCAUACGCCAUCCCUGGAUCAAGAGAUACCCAAGCCCGUUCAAAGAGAUUAACCGCAAGGUCUAUGCAUACGAGGCGUCGCAACAGAGAGCCCGGCUCGAGUCACUGUCUACGCAAUCAGCACCAAGUGCGCCAAAGCCAGGCGCUGGACUUGCUACCGGAGAAGCUGGAGAUGAAGAUGCUGACAGCCAGAGUUCGGACACGAGCAGCCUGCGGGAUCCCGUGCGGCAGGAGGCCAAGGAGGAUGUGUCCGUCAAGGAGGACGUUGACUUACCAAAGGUGUCUCUCGGCAGGCAUCGCGUGACCCCGGACGCUGUGUCCGCGGUACUGAAAUCGAUGUGCGACAGCGGCCAAUACCACCUAACCGACAACAACUGCCAGGAGUGGGUGCUUGAACUGCUUCACCGGCUAGACAUCAAGAUACCAGAGGACUCACCACCAGCGGCGCGCAGGGUUGUGAGAGAGGCAGCAGGGCCGCUAGCGUUGUUUGGUGCAUCGUUGCUGAGUGGUGCCCUCCUGCUCGCCGGCCUCUUGGGCUCUAAUGGCUCAAGAAGGCGCCAUGCACAGCUGCGACUGAGAAGGUUUUGACAAUGCCUGAAGUCUUUAUUUACUAAUGAUGCAUGCCCGCGAAAACAGAGCUCACCCGCUGUGUAGCCCCAUGAAGCCGCAAUGAUUCUGCUAUUUUGUCCUUGAAAUUUGCAGAAGUAGCUGCCUGCAAAAUUACCAAAAAGUUUCGUUGCGGUGGCGCGUUGCCACAUGGCUCCUGGCGCACACUCUGUUGACAAAAAUUGUGAGUUGCUAGCAUCAGAUGUCUUUUAAAGUGUGACUCGACUGACCUGCAUGGGCAAAUGAUAAAAGUUCGGCAGGUGGUAUACUUUCGUCGCACGAGAAGACGAAAGCCAGCUGGACAUUUGGUAAUACAUGAAGUUAUACAAUCGUGGUUUAGACUUCUUUGUAAGACAUAUUGUUAAGACUCUUGGCGCACCCCGGUUUGGUCAUAAAUUGUGAGUUGCUAGCAUUAGAUGUAUUUUAGAGUAUGACUCCAAUGAUCUGCCAUGGGCAAAUAAUAAAAGUUCGGCAGGUGUUACACUUU